CAGCUGAGAGCUGGGGUGUCAAGGCUGAAAGAGGAGGCGAGCGCGCAGAGUGCAGCGGUGGCCAAGGCGGAUGAGUCAUCCAGGGCAUCCCAGGAGCGCUACCUUCGUCUCAACGCAGACUUUGACAACUUCCGGAAGCGGACGGCAGCAGAGAAGGAUCAGGUGAAGGAUCGGACAAAGGCGGAGACUGUGAAGGCGCUGCUGGCAGUGGUGGACAGCUUUGAGAUGGCCAAGGGCAGCCUCAAACCAGAAUCCGAGGGCGAAAAAAAGAUCGACGGCGCUUACCAGGGGGUGUACAAGCAGAUGGUGGAGGCGUUCCGGUCUCUGGGGGUGGAGACUGUGGCGGGGGUGGGAACGCCCUUCGACCCAGAGUUCCAUGAGGCCAUCAUGCGCGAAGAGAGGGACGACGUCCCUGAUGGCACCGUGCUAAAGGAGUUCCGGCGCGGAUUCCGGCUCGGAUCGCAGCUUCUGCGCGCUGCAAUGGUGCAGGUGAGACUCCCGCGCCACCGCAUUACAUGCUCGAUUUUUACCAAGCGGCUGUGCUAG